CGUUUCAGUAUCUCCGCUCAGUAGAGCCAGCGCCGUCUCCGAGGUCGGAGUCGUGAAUUCAAGAAUACCCCGACGUCGUGGCAGAGAAACAAGAGAAAGAAAAAGAGGCGCUUGAUAAAAGGCUCGUAAUUAGACAGGUACGACUCGGUUUGACGUUGAAACGAAGAGAGGAGAAACGAACAAGGAAAACGGGACAACCGGAAGGAGAGAUCGAAGCGCAGUUGGUGGUCGGGCAAGAGCAGAGCUUUGCGCCGUCUCUUGGCUCUUCUCCUCCGGAUUGAUUCCACGAGCGUCGUCGUUCGCGCAUCACCAUCGCGACGCGAUCACGUCGCCCACGAUCGCAACAACGACUAUCGCGCUGCUCUCCGGAAAGUCCUGUCGCCGUCGUCGCCGUCGUCGCCGUAGUCGUGGCCGUCGUCGUCGUCGUCGUCGCGGUGCCGCCACUGCCGUCGACGCCAUCGUCGCUGUUACCGUUGUUCUCGCCGCGGAUACACGCUAGUGAAAAUGCGGUAGUGACAGUGACAGAUACGAAGAAGAGGAAGGACUCGGAAUUUGUCAAGCAGCAGGGUAAUUGUCAUUAUCGUCAAUCGUGUCGCGCGAGAACCCCGUUCGUCGCGAUUUGUCCUCGAUCGGUGCCGGUUAAACGAGAACGAAGGAGAGAGAGAGACGGUGCUCUCCUCGGCGACCUAGCCGGAAGUUAUGACGAGCUCGCGCUUCGUUCAAGGACGAAGAAUUGUUCGCGCGCAUGUGUCCAGUAGUGGGAUAUAGUGUCAACGACAAGUCGCCGCUUGCAGAUCUGGAUACCUUGCUGUCGACACCCGCCGGGCCUGGAUUGUCUCAUGUCAGGAUGGCGCUGGCGCGGUACGUACACUCGUACGGCUCGCCGUUGUCGGAGCUAGGGCUUGCGGUGAGCGACUGUGCGCCUCAGACGUCGCGGGUCAGCUCGAACUUGCACAGCAGCAGUAGUAUGGCAGUGAGCCGCGUCCCGAGCCCACCGCCGCCGGAAGUGAACACCCCCGUAGCUGAGAAUUGGUGUUACACGCAGGUAAAGGUGGUCAAAUUCAGCUACAUGUGGACGAUAAAUAACUUCAGCUUUUGCCGCGAAGAGAUGGGGGAAGUGCUCAAGUCGUCUACAUUCUCAGCCGGGGCCAAUGAUAAGUUGAAAUGGUGCCUGAGAGUGAAUCCUAAAGGUUUGGAUGAGGAAAGCAAAGACUACCUGUCGCUGUAUCUCCUUCUCGUUUCGUGCAACAAAUCUGAAGUCAGAGCAAAGUUCAAAUUUUCUAUUCUUAAUGCCAAAAGAGAAGAAACCAAAGCAAUGGAAAGCCAACGUGCUUACAGGUUCGUCCAGGGUAAAGAUUGGGGCUUCAAGAAAUUUAUCAGGAGAGACUUUCUUCUGGACGAGGCCAACGGACUGCUACCAGAUGACAAACUCACGAUAUUCUGUGAGGUAUAUACCUUUGUCAGCGUAGUGGCAGACAGUGUCAACAUCUCCGGCCAGAGUAAUACGAUACAGUUUAAAGUACCGGAAUGCCGGUUACCUGAUGAUCUCGGACUAUUAUUCGAGAACCAAAAAUUUAGCGAUGUAACACUCACAGUAUGCGGUAGGGAAUUCCAAGCGCACAAGGCCAUUCUCGCAGCGCGAAGUCCCGUUUUCUCGGCGAUGUUCGAGCACGAGAUGGAAGAAAGAAAGCAAAAUCGUGUGGAUAUCACCGACGUGGACCACGAAGUGCUAAGGGAAAUGCUGCGAUUUAUCUACACUGGUAAAGCAGCGAAUCUGGAGAAAAUGGCGGAUGACCUGUUAGCCGCGGCGGACAAGUACGCGCUGGAGAGGCUGAAGGUAAUGUGCGAAGAAGCACUUUGCACAAGUUUAGCCAUUGAUAACGCGGCCGACAUCCUCAUACUUGCCGAUCUCCAUAGCGCCGAUCAGCUUAAGGCGCAAGCGAUAGACUUCAUUAAUACGCAUGCGACGGAUGUGAUGGAUACUAUGGGUUUCAAGUCCAUGGUCAACUCCCAUCCGCACCUAAUAGCGGAAGCUUUUCGAGCGCUUGCGACCCAACAGAUCCCACCGAUCGGACCGCCCAGAAAACGGGUGAAACAGAGCUGAAAGCAAUCACCGCUGACUCCGGGCACGACCUCCACAUCGCCCCCACCACUUUUGCAUCCCUCUUGAACCUUUGUGUACAGUGAUAUAACGAGGUAUAGUAGUGCUAAAUAAAUGUUUCCUAGUGCGCCACCCUCUGGUCUGAAAUUGAAGUUGUCGACGAGAACUGACGCGAGAACCAACCAUCCAACCGACUGUCAACAAGCUUUGGUUGAGAAUGUCCAGAGAUCGACGGGAGGAAAGGGAGAACCGUCUGUCCGUCCGGUCGGUCGAGGGCGAGUUUAAAAGAGCGUUCUCACACAUACCCAAACUGUUGUGUUCAAGUGAGUGCCGGUAGUAAAAAGAUAUAGUGAUGCGACCACACCAUCAACGCAACUCUCGUUCAUGUCUUCGUGCAUCGAAGAAGGGAAGGACGAGCCGUCCGAAAAACGUACACACCCACAACCCCACCAGUACACGAACCGUACUUCUCGACCGGCCUGUGCGCGAGUCAAUUCAUCGUAGCACCGUCAUCGGACAACGCGCUCGUUUUCUUCAAUGCCAAUACCGAUGCCAAUCGAUCAGCUGUCGGUGACACAUUGAAACACGUGCCACCAGGCUCAUCAUUAUCAUCGUGAAUUUGCUUUUUCCUUUCCGUUUAUCAUCGAAUGAACGAACGAACGAGCGGAAAGCGCACGACCGCGCGAGGCACCGGAGGUAUAUAGAGCUAGCCAGAGAGGACCAAGAAGGCGAGGAGCUUUCUCUCCAUUGUAACUCGCCGCCGCGAUUGCUGUAACGACGACAAAAGCGCGAUGCACGAAGGAAGUUGUGAUAGAUGUCGGCCAGACUAUUUAAACAUUUUGUUCCUUUGUCGAGAGAAGAAGGAGAAACGACAAAAACGAAUGAAGCGGAUGUUCCGUAGCGCUGUUCGCUCGAGCGCGGAGAGAGAUACUUGGUUUGUUUCUACCGAUAGUAGUGAUCUUUUUUAGUUCUAGCGCGUCGCAAACUCUUCCAAGACGGAGAUAUCAUGCUAGUUAGUGUUCUUUUUUUAUGAUCUCUUUCUCUGAAACAUAUGUACGAUUAUUAUAUUAUUAUUAUCAUCAUCCAUCAUUAUCAUCAUCAAUCAACAUCAUCAUCAUCAUCAUCAUCAUCAUUACCACCACCACCAUCGUCAUCAUUAUCAUCAUCAUGAGUACUAUUAAUGCUACACAAUCUGUGCCCUAUGUAUUUUUGUAUAUUUUUUGUCUAGAGAUGAGAGAAAAUUCAUCUUUCCCUUGAUAAAUUCUAUUUCCAUUUUUCGUCCUUUCUCCCCAUUUCUCCCGUUCAUAGGCACAGUUUGUUUUGUUUUCUGGAGUAUUGCAUACUGUAAGCGAAGUGAUAGGAUCGAAUUAUUAUUCUUAAUUAUUAUUAUUAAUGAUUAUUAUUAAUGUUUACGUUAUAAAAUUUAUGGUUGUCCAUAAUUUUUCGAAUCGUACGUUAUCGCAGCGAGUAUCGUGGAAAUACUUUGUCCAUCUUACGCCUUAUAUUGUGUUUUUUUAAAAAAACGUUACGAUCGACAAAUUCAAAAUCGCCAUGUUUAUUAUGGAUUAAUUGAAGAAAAAAAGAAAAAAAAAGGAAAUUGUAUAGGAUAAACGUUAUAGUCAGUUAGAAACGGCUUAAAUGCUUUUGUUUGUGUGUGUCAUUGAUUUGAUUGAAUCGUAAAAAUUAUGUGGUCAGUGAACCGAAUUAUGGACAACCACAAGAGGCGAAAACCAAUAAUCAAUCGUUUAGUACCGUGUACUGGCUUCCUGAUCCUCCGACCUUUAGCUUUACCAAGAAUCGUCUUAAAUAUGCGGAAUACUUAUUACCAUUUACACACAUCAUUAAUGAUGACAAUUAAUGCCAUACAUGUUCUGUGAUAAGACCACUGUAAUUACUGCAAUUGUAAUCGAUCCUUUCUAGAGACAGUCUCCCCCUCCCCCUUGCCCCCUGUCCUUGACGAUCCUGGCAGCCAGUGAAUUUACUUGUUAUAUAAAAUACAUACAAUAAGCGACAGUCGUUAUCCGGACAGUCCCAAACCUAGGGUUUAGUCACUCUCGAUUUUAAGAUUUUUACACUGUACAUAUCUGCUGUAUAUUUUAUAAGGACCGAACACAAACAAAAAAAAACAAUAUGGAGAAUCCUACACUUUUACGAAACCGUACAAUAAUCAGUAUAAUUUAUUUCAAUUUUACAGACUGCGCUAAGCUCAUGUUCCUUGAAACACAUUACCGAUACUUUAACUAAAUGUAAUAUAACGCCGACAAAUUGAUACAAAUUAGGAGGUACACACACAUGUACAAUCAUUGUAACACAUCGAACGAUAUGAUUUACGUUGAAGACAAAGGAUUGAAUUAACAAUGGAAAUCUAGUUAGAACAAUUUUUCCACUCUUUCUACGCCGAUCUUUUAUUUGAGUCUUAUUGCGAUAGGACUGAAAUAAAAAGAAAUAAAAAGGGGAAAGGAAAACCAGAAAAGCGGCAAAUUAAGGAACAGACUUUGACCGUGCUCGUUCAUAUUUUACAAAUCUGUGACCAUUCUCUAAUUCUCAUAUCUAUCUUUGGGACUGUACGGCGAUUUCUCUCGUGGAACACACAUAAUGUUGAAUGUCUUUUCUUAGAGAAAAAAAAAGAAAUGAAAGAAAAAGAGAACAACCGCAGAAUAAAACAAAUUCCGAUGAAAAUAAUAGCAAUUCGUAAAAUAUAGAUUGAAAAAAAGUAACAGAUAGGCGUAAUUCCGUGCGAACCAAUCCGCAAAAAUAAUUUGAGCGUAUAUGACUGGAUUAUAAUUUGAUAAAUUAUUAAGUACAAGUAAGACAAGUGUUACCUCAUCAUAAUGAAAGCCGGCGCAUGUUCGUGACCGAUUGAUCACCACGACUGCUAGACAUUACCGUGCGCCCGCUCUCUGACACACAUACUUCCGUUAUAUAUUGCAUUUAAAAAAAAAAAGCCCAAAACGCUCUUUUGUAAAAUGAAUGGUGUACACGCAGCAGUAGUGGCUGACAAACGGGUAAUGUCACGCGCGCCGCUCAUUGAUCCCAGCUCAUACGGACAUUCAUUUUCCAUUUUAUUUUAAAUCAUUGCACCACAUCAAAUAAAUGACAUUUUCAUUA